AUGACCAAGAUAUUCCCAGACGCAAGACCGUCCCCUCUGUGGGACAAAGCUCUAAAGAGCUACCAUGAAGAGCUUGCCGCAGACGAUGACUAUCGAACAAUUUUGCAGACGGGCAGUCUCGAGGAACUCCUGGCGGACGAACAGAUCUUGAAACCCUUUGGGCCCCACGGUCGGAAGGCGCUGGAAUCCAUGAACCGACUCAAGCCGACUUUCAAGAUGCUGAAUGACUUCUCGGUGGUGCUGGCUGUCUCCCUUGGUGCGGGUACGGCGGUGACCGCUCUGGUUUGGGGGAGCAUCCGCAUGAUCCUAACGCUGGCAUCGACCGCCGACAACAUCUUGCACGAAGUCUCCGAUAUGCUGGAAGAGCUCAGUCUGACCUUGCCGCGGCUGAAGGCCUACGAGAAAAACGUUCCCAUGGACUCCGACCUGGAGGAGUCACUCCUCACAGUUUACCAGGAGGUCAUAUGUUUUUAUGCUCGCGCAAUCCAUUUCUUCCGUUGUCAGAAACACGCAUUCCUACUGCGCAACUCGUGGUCAACAUUGCGAGGAGACUUUCAAAAGACUGUCCAACGCAUCAAGCGUCUGUCUGCAACCAUUGAUACCGAGAUAGAGUUAACGCGCAUGCGGCAGAGCAAUCAGAAAUACCACGAGGUCCUGGAGUUGAUGGAGACUUUGCAUCCGCAGCAGAGACAGACCCGGUCGAAUUCCAUUUUCCAGAUCCCGUCGAUCGAGAGCCCUCGGUUCUGGGGUAGAGAAGACAUUCUCGCUCUCAUCGAUGAGGCGUUAGUCUCGGGCCAGUCGGAUCACUCCUUUCGGUCUUUUGCCCUCUACGGCAUGGGAGGCGUUGGCAAGACACAGAUCGCGUUGAAAUACGCCAAUGCUUCACGGGCGAAGUUCGAUGCUAUAUUCUGGGUCUCAGCCGAUAAUCUAAUCACGAUCGGGCAGAGCUUUCGGAGAAUUGCGGAUACCCUGGGGCUUUCGGCGCCGGAUACCGAGCAUGAUGAUAAUUCUGUCAUGCUGGCGGUGAAGAAAUGGUUAUCCACCUCAGAAAUUCGUUGGCUCUUGGUGUAUGAUAACGCUGACGACCUCGAUACCAUCGGGCAUGCUUGGCCUGCGGGCUGUUUCGGAUCCAUCCUACUCACCAGUCGGGACUCAGCCGCCGCUUUCACUUUUGCUUCAAAGGGAUGCCAAGUCAAACCGUUUGACACGGUGACUGGGUCCAGAGCAUUACUGAAUAUUCUUGGCUUCGAUCCAGACUCGACUUCCAAUCAAGAAGAUGCCAUGGCUAUCGCCACCACGUUAGGGGGUCUCCCUUUGGCGCUGAAUCAGAUCGGCGGUUUUAUCCUCCAGCGGAAAGUGCCAUUGAAAAGCUUUCUGAGUUUGUACGAGCGGAACUCGGCCAGUGUGAAUGCUAAGGGCGGAGCGAACAUGAACUACAAACACACCAUAGCGACAGUCUGGGAAAUGGCCCUUGAUAGACUCUCUGGUGAUGCCAGGUUUCUGCAAAUGAUCCUCUCGUUUCUGGACCCUGACAAUAUAGAUGAUGCUGUCCUGAAGGAAGGAGCCCAACGAUUGGAAGAACCGCGGCUAAAGUUCAUUCUCGACGAGAUCGAACUGUUGGACGCCCAGAAAGCACUGUUGCAAGGCGCACUUAUGGACAAAUCCAGCGAUACUGGAAUUGUUUCUGUGCACCGGCUUGUCCAGCGAGCAGUCAUCCAACGUAUGAGCAUCGAGGAACGAGAGGCGACAUUUGCGGUCGUGGUUGCGAUCCUUGCGGCUAAUUUUCCGGAUACCUACAACGCCGAUUUGGGCCACCAAGUCAAAUCGUGGACCUACUGCGAAAGAAGCCUACCGCAUAUCGAGAGUCUAGUUAAGAAAAGCCAGCAUUUCAAAAUUUCGGAACAUAAAAGCCAGAAUUUCGCGGAACUCUUGCUUCGAUGCUCUUGGUGGGGGUAUCUCUACGAGCGCGAGCGUUAUACCAUUGCCCAAUCGUACAUCACUGUGGCAUUGACGAAGUUUGUCAAUAAGCACACCCUUGCCUAUGCCAGUGCAAUCGACCUCCAAGGCUUAAUCAACCUUGACAUUUGUCGUCCUGGAAUCUCCUUGGCGGCGUUUCAGGAGGCUUAUGAGAUACGCACCUCGUUACUGCCCAAAGACGAUGUAUUUCUAGCAGCCAACCAAGUGAACCUAGGCCUUGCAUACACAGAACUAGGAGAGCUCGAGAAGGGGCGAGAGUACCUGCAGCAGUCCAUUGACGUUCGCCUGAUGCACAAUAGCGACCGUAUUGGAAACUCGUAUAGUAACAUGGCGAGCUUGCUACUCCGCAUGGGAAAGCCCGACGAGGCAGAAGCUAUGCUCAAGAGUUGUCCGGCGUUAAAGGAUUUCUCUGAUGAAACAUUUCUUCGGACGGGGAAUCCGCGCUUUUCGGGGGAUAUGAUCUUGCUCGGGCGGAUAAGACUUGCACAGGGACGCUUGGAUGAGGCACUCAGAUUCUCCUCCAAAGCUCUGAGCUUCCGCAAGGAAUGCUUGGGCGAGCGUCUCAAAGUUUGCGACUCGCUGUAUCAGGUUUCUGAUCUGUUCCAGAGAGGGGGAAACACCGGGCUCGCAAUCCAAUUUCUGGAAGGCAUCAUUCGAAUAUCUGGUGGCCUCCCGCAGAUCGAAGGAGCUGGUCAUCGAGUUCGCGCCCACUAUAAACUCUCGGGAAUCCUGAAAAGCGUUGGCAAUGAGAAGGAAAGUAUAGUGCACUUGGAAGAAGCGCGAACUCUCGCAAAGAAUUGCGACAAUGGCUUCAACGCAUCAACUUUAGCAGAGAACGAGGCCCUCUCGUUCAACAAUCUGGUUCCGUGGAUGUUGUGGUGA